GCGCCUGGUUGCUUCUGGCUUGCACAGACUGCCUACGCAGAGGAAACCCCGAAGAUACCCCAAACGCAGCUCCCGGGGAAGGCUUCGGAAUCCGGCAGUCUCAAAGCAAAGCUCUGGGAUGAGAUCGUGGAGGAGCGACAGAAGGUUGCCAACCAGAAGCUCCAGGAAGCACUCGAAGUUGACAACGGGCAGGCACAAGAUGCACAGGCCGCCCGAGGUGCCAAGAAGAACAAGGUUGUCAGGGCAGGCAGCAAGCACAUGCUCAUGCUGCCAGAAGUGAUCGACAUCGAAUGUCGACAACAUGGCCUCAAAGUCUUGCUGGAGGGGAUCAACACACAGGUUAUUUGGAUGCACUUCACAGAAGACAACAUCAAUUGGCUCAAGAACGAAGUGGGUGCAGAGAUCUUCGAGCGGGAGUACAUCAGCAUGCUGCAAGUGGAGAGCUUCCUCUUCAAGAAGUCGAAGAAGUGGAGGUGGCUCCUGGGUCCUCCCGACGGGCCCUUUGCCCGGUUGAGGUGGACCAAGGAAGGCUGGCACAUCGACUCCUUGGUGCCCAUGGAGGAAAGCCUGAGCCUUUGGUUCAACGGUGCGGCAGACUCCAUGGAGCCUCCCACCAAAGGAUGGAAGUUCUGGUGCAAGGGCAACUACAAGAAGAGCUGCAUUUCCUUUGAGGAGGUCAAAGACAGCAAGAAGAUCCACAUGGUCGAGGCCACCAAGCCCAAUGAGCCGGAGCACCCCCCUUCCUGGGCAAGGGCCCCUGCACUGCUGGUUCCAUUGAUGGCCUUUCCCAUGACAGUUCUCGCUCUAUAG